AUGGAGGGCCUUUCGACGCAACUGCAGCUGCUUCAUGCCGCAUUGCAGUCCCUCGACCUCAACCCCUCUACUCUGGAAGAUGGCUGUGACACCGUCUCAGAGCUGCAAUUGACGCUGGCACGCGCCACCGCACUCGCGCAGUGGGCCGCGGUCCGCCAGCAUCCCCCACCAACGAUCAAAGACGGAGUGAAGAAAGAGAAGAGCGAAGGUGGUGCUCGUGCGCAAAAGACGGCUGUGCAGUCCAAUGGAAAUGCACCCACGUUAGAGGCGCACGGCUCCCACACCACGUCUGCGCAACGUGAUGACGAGACGCUGCUCUCCGUCGCCACCGCCUUACAGGUCUCGAUGGCCGAUCUGCGGACGUGGAACCCGCAACUGCCCGACUCAUUAAAAGCCACCGACGUACUCCCGCCCAACACCUACCUCAAGGUACGCCGCGCCGGCCCCAACCCUUCUGCUGGCCCCCCACUUCUUCUUCAGCGACCUUCUCUGCUCUCGAAGCCGCACUCGGCCACGCAGCCCACUCCACGGCUCGCGGCUCCGUCGCGGUCGUCCGCACGCUCUUCCGGCGGGCAGAGUUCUGAGCAACACAAUUUGCACCCACGCAGCUCCAGUGGCAUCGCCCCAACCGCCGCCGCCGCAGUCCCCGCCCCACAAUCCGGCAGCUCUGUGCCGAGCAUCAGCGCUUUCAUCUCCAACGCGCCCCUCGCCAGAAGCGUCAACGCUUCGCUGAGCAGCAACUGGAGCGGCAGCGGCGUUCCGCGCGGCAGUGAGGGCGGCAGCACGAGCCGGCUGAGCCUCUGGACGGGCGAGAGCGGACGGGGGACGAGCCACAGCCCGCCGCCGCCGGAGCCGUCGAUGCCGGAGGCGCAAUCGUCGGCCGACCCGCCCACCUGCGCUCCGGUGCCCAUCAUAAUGGGGGUGUUAGAAGUCUUUCCUCCGCCUUCUUCCGCGGGCAAGACGGACGAGGGCCGCUCCGGGGAGUUCUACGUAACUGGAGAGGAGCCGUCGCCCAGUCCGGAGAGGCAGGGGGAGAAGGCUGCCGCGACGGGUGAAGCGAGCGAGGCGCCGACCACACCGACUUCUUUGAUGUCUGCCGCGGCGCCGACGGCCACGGGGACAGGCGUCGCCACGGCGCAUGAGCCAACGAGCCCACUCCGGCUCCUCCCACAACAGCCGCUGGGUGAGGUGAUAAACAGUGGCAACGCGCCGUUGCGGACGUCGGCCGGCGCCAGCAGCUCCGGCACCAGCAUACGUUCCGUUCACACCCGCGGCCGCUCGCAGUCGACGUCAAGCAGCCCUUUGACGCGAUCAGCGGAGCGGCACACCGUUUCCACCUCUCAAAGGAGCGGCGCAGCAGCAAUGCCUCCUUCAAUGACCUCGCCACCCAAGUCCGCCGCGCUGUCCCCUCAUAAUGUCAAUUUAGAAGGUUCAAAGAACCACUCCGACGGCACCGGCAAGUCGCGCGUCAAGGUGAACCUGUUCCCUUCACCGAAGGCAAGACCGGAUCGUACGCGGCUGGCCGCCGAUGUUUUCGCUGACGCCCCUAAAGUCGGUGCCUCCGUUUUGCAUAAAGCGGGGGAAGACGAGGAGGCGUUAAGGCGCGUGGUGCGCGACCCCAGUGCAUCCCUUUCGACCGUGUCGGCUGCCACCUCCCCCAGCGACGAUCGGAGCAGCAGCAAUGCCAGGCCUGCGGAGAGUGCCACCCCGCGGCAGCUCGCCAACUCGCCGAUCCUCGUCACUUCGCCCUCUCUCGAAGGGCCAUCUUCUACCUCCUCCAUGUCGUCGCUGAACACAGGAGCACGCCAGGAGAAGCCCAUUGCCGUUUACCCAACGCCCCCCUCGCUUCCGGAGUCCGCCAAGGCAGCGACGGCGGCGGCGGCAGCAGUUAAUUUCUCCACCCCCGUUCAGAAGCAGCAGCAGCGGCGACAACCGACACCGUCCUCGCAGUGCGGUGCCGCAGCAAUAGCAGCAGAGGGCCCGUUGUGCAGUCCCAUCAGUUCUUCUUCUUACACCUCCUCGUCAAGCGGUCCAAACGGCAAGGAGGAGAGAGAGGAGGGGAAUGAAAGUGGUGACAACAGUAGCCUGCAACGCUCUCCCCUCACCAGCGACAGCGACUUCGAGGAGGACAGCAUCGAGGACACGCCCUCGGCGCGCAUCCCGGCGAUGCUGGGCCGCAAUGGGUGCAGCCCUCCUCCGACACUGAGCCGGGCCCGGCGGGCGAACACGAGCGCCAGUUGCGGUAGUGGUGGUGCUGCUGCUCCUGCGGUGACCAAGGCAGUCCCGUGGGCUCCGGCGAAGACCGUGUCUUCUCCUUCUCCCCUCCCGGAAUACACACCGAAGGUACAGAGAUCGGCUGCAGCUGAGGUGGACUUUUCAGAGAAGGAGGAGGAGCCGUUGACCACGCAGCCGUCAUCACGAGUGGCGGCGCCGAGGCCAACACCACAGGAAGAACGCGCGCCGUCCACUCCGCGCAUGGACAGGUGGGGCACUGGCCGAGAGAGCGAGGCGCAGCCGACUUCUUCCGCUUCCGUGUCGCAAAAAUUCUCCCACCAAAGGGAAUCCGUGGAGGAAGAGGGCUUGGUGGGUGAGGAAGAGGAGGAAGCGACCGCCGCCUCGCAUAAGAGGGACAAUCCGGGGCACGGGGGCGAGAAAGGCGCGGAGGAGGAGUACGACACCUUAGCGGGCAUUGCGGCAGCCUACCAACUCACGGUGGCGAUCAUUGUGGAGUGGAAUCCGUACCUGAAGAAGUACCAUCCCGGCGAGCCGCUGCCGCCUGACUUGCCCAUUGUGUUGCCCAUGUCAGACAACGAUGAGGAAGGGGCGGAGGGCGAGGACGGCGACGAGGUGCGAGUGGACCGUGAGGAGGCGCACGACGAAGAAGAGUUGUACAGCGCGGCGGACAUGCGACAGCUGCGCCACAGCGGGACGCCGUUGGACACCUUUACAGCGGUGGCGGGGAACUCUCCUGCGCCGAUACCACCCGUUCGCUAUUAA